AUGAGUGUUAAAUCAGUUCUUUUAGGAGGCCUGGAGGCCGACAAAGAUAGUCAGGUUCAACUACUUCAGGCAUUUGUCCGAGCUGCAUCCCCAAAUCCACCCGGGAAUACUACGGCAGCUGCCAAAGUCCUCACUCAGUACUUAUCUAAUUUAGGCGUACCUUACAAAAUCCUCGAGCCACAGCAGGGACAGCCUAAUGUUGUCAGCGAGUUUCAAGGCGGGAAAGGUCCGGGCCCUCGCGUUGUUUUGAAUGGUCAUAUUGAUGUCUUCCCCGUGGCAGAUGACACAAGCGGCUGGAUUCAUGAUCCUUGGUCUGGUGAUGUUGAGGACGGACGUAUUCAUGGGAGAGGGGUUGUUGAUAUGAAGUCUGGCACAGCAUCAUUGGUGAUUGCUUAUGCCUGUCUAUUCACUCAAAGAGAGUUCCUUCGCGGAAGUGUUGCUCUUUGUGCAGUGUCUGACGAAGAGACCGGCGGCCGUUGGGGCACGGGGUUCCUCAUCAAAGAAGACCGAGGGCGCUGGGGUGGAGAUGUCAUGUUGAGUGCAGAACCAUCUGGUCAAACCAUUCGAUUUACUGAAAAAGGCACGUUGAGGCUUUCUGGAUCUGUAGCUACCAAAGGAGCACUUGGGGCGUACUUGAACCUGAGCAAGGGUGCUGUACGAACUGCUACUGUCUUUCUCGCCGAUGUCGUGAAGGCGGUUGAAUCUAUCACUCCGAACCCACCGCCUGAGAUUGGUUCGCAUCUGAAGGAUCCGGACACCCUGAAAGCUGUGGAUGAGGCAAUGGGCCCGGGUACAUCUGCCAUCAUUGCUCUACCAACUGUAAAUAUUGGAACCAUUUCAGGUGGUGUCAAAGUCAACAUGAUACCCGAAAGCUGCAAUUUUGAGCUUGAUAUACGAUUGCCAGUAGGACUGGUGGCGGAUGAAGUGAUGGCUGUCAUCGAAGCUGUGGUUCCUCGAUACCCCGAUGCUACGAUAGAGCUCAAGCGACAAGAAGCUGCUAGCAAUCCGAGUAGCUUUUCAUCCAUCGACCAUCCUAUCAUUGGACAUCUUAAAGAGAACGCCAAUACUGUCGGCGGGUUUCAUCCGAGGCUAAUUCCCUCUAUGGGUGCUACAGAUUGCAAGCAUUACCGGUAUAUUGGCAUACCCGCUUAUGUUUAUGGCUGUAGCCCACACAGUAUGGCAGCGAUGAAUGAGUCCGCCUCGGUGGAUGAAUUCCUUCAUGUCACCAAGGUCCAUGCUCUAGCUAUAUGGGAUUUGCUGCAUUAG